UUGUCCUUGAAAAGAGUGCACUGACUCAGAGCAUUUUGUUUAAUAAUAAAAUAAUAAUCUUAUAAUUGUAUUUACAGAGCCCUUUUCUUAGAUAUUCAAAAACACUUUACAUGACAAAUUAAAUAAAACAAUCUGCAACACAAUACAUACGCAAUGUAGCUCAGGAUAUAAAAUCAAACAUUAAAAGCUUAAUCAAGACUUUAGUGCUGUAUUUUCUUUAUUCUCACUGACCCUUUUUAAACUGUAGACAUCAUGUCACAGAGUUGUAUAUCUAAGCUACAAUGGAGUUUCAUACGUGGAAGACAGAAAAUGUCCUGAAAGGUUUUGUGCUCCUGAGAAUGAAAGAUCAAGUGUGUCUGUUUUGAACUUGAGCUGAGGAACCACACAGAGAGAAUCUGUCAUGAAAGAGGCAGAGGUUUCAAUUUAGCUCCCUCAAGUCAUAGAGUGACAUUUUUGACAAUAAGUGACAAACCCAUCACUCAGAACACAACAUGCGUUCUGACAGUUCGGUUUAAGUUUUUCUUGGCUUGAAACUGGCUUGCUAUCUUGUCAUUACCUGUCACUAUGACAAAUACUAUAACUCUCUUGGGGGGGAUUUCAGUUAUAAGUUUAGUCAAGUUAAAUUUAUUUGUAUAGCCCGAAAUUUGCCUUUGAAAGGCUUUACAAUCUGUAAGAAGAAAUGUCCUUGUUAGUUGUAAUUAAAUUUUUUCUCAUUAAUGACAUACCAAAUUAUUUCUUGUUAAAUGGACAUAUCAAGUUAUUGUAACAAGAAUCCUUUCACAGACUUUUUCAUAUUGUGCAUCUGUUGUAAAAUCUUGCUCUGGUAUGACACAUAAACAAAAAGCCUAACCAAUGUGUAGUGUUAGAGACAAAACAGCAAAAACUACAGCCAUAUAAUGAUGACUGAAGGGACAUUAUGCCGAGUCAUAGAUUGCCGCUGAGCCUUCAACUGCUUUCUAAAAGCGUGUUUAACUCCCUUUAUGCAAUGGUGAAGUCCAAGUCAUGUGUCCAAAGCCUCAGCAGAUUUCAGUCCAAUCUCAAAGUGAUUAGCAAGGCUUUUCAUUCUAUCCUUAGCAUCCCAUGUAUCUGAUUAGCAGGUAGGCCCGCUUCUGGAGGGAGGCUUUUGAACUGCUUUCUCGUUUCUCUGCUUGCAAUAGCUCUGGUGUUUCUUUGGGUGCCACAUGCUGUAGCUUUGGAAUAAUUCAUUUUCAGUUUGGUUCUUUCAUCCUCCUGGUUUAUGAUUGUGGAUCAUGUGAGUAUACAUACUUCUGUAUUAGUCUAUAUACUGUGCAUUUUGGCUGGACUGCUUUAUCUCUUGUACAUUAAAUAUUAUUUGCAUAGCAACAGAAAUAAGCACUAAUAACUAAAAUAAUGACACUGGAGACUGAACUUGCAAAAGAUCAAAUUAAGUUAGAAUUUAAGUCAUGUUGGGUAGUAGUUUGUGUGAUUAGCACAAAGAAAGGUUGCAAUAAUCCAUGUUAAACUGGGUGAACUCAGGCUGGCCUGUAUGCAGGAUGUGAUUUUUAUUUUCCUUGUUUGAACCCUUUUAGGAGCCUUGGCAGUUGGCAAACAUGACACCUUAGGGAUAAAUAGCAUUAUUCUAGGGAUCCAAGGCCACAUAUGUUUCCUGGUCAUGGUGAAUAAAGAAAAAGAGAAAUACUUUUUGCAUUUGUAAUCCACUGAGUAGAAACAGGCACUUAAUUUGCUUAGCAGCAGGAUAACUGUCUCUGCCAUGUUUUUGAAAUAACUACAUUCUGCAACUUUGCAAAGUGGAGUAAACAAUACUGCCUUUCAGUACAGUGAGUUAUCUUUACACACAAGUACAUACUUUCCCUGUGCCUUUAUUAUUAUCACAAACCCUCCUGUGGCACCUGUAAUGGUCCACAUCCUGCAAAAAAGCAUCUCUAACAUUACAUUUUUACAGAAAAAUUUGUUGUCAUUUCUAUCAGUAGCUUUGCAUUUUUGAAAUUGUAUAUUUGAUGUUACGCUUUGGCUUGUUCCUGAGGUCAUGAAACAUAUGAUGGACUAUGUCAGUAUCCAGUGCGGCUGUACAGGGCAUGUAGCACCCAAUAAUGUAAUCAUUUCCUGAAAAUGUAAUAAAAUAUGCACUUAACUUGAUCGGAAAUGUAAUUAAAGCCAAUAAUGUAAUAACUUGACCAAUAAUGUAAUAAAAUGUCCUGACUGAUAUUGUGACGACAUUGUUACUGAUAAUGUAAGUCAUUUUUAGACUUUUUGAUGACUAAUUUUGACGGAUAAUGUAAAAGUAUGCUUUUUUUCUUGGAAAUGUACAGUGUGCAAGUAUACAGAAUUUAUAAUACUGUUAGUGUCAUGUUAGCCUACUGAAAAACAUUUGAAACUGAUUUCAUGUUUGGAAAUGUAAACUCUAGGCUUCAUGUAGAAUUUGAAAUUCACAACAGAUGGCAAGUGGUACGUUGUUAUCAGGCAAAGAUGCAUUAAACUAAAACCCCUAUCAACCCCUACACAUGCUGAUUGGUCAUUGUGCAAGGAUCGUCCAUUAGGAUCUUAGAUUAGACACCGUCAGAAAAUGAAAAAAGCUGCAGAAGAUGGCUAACGUUACACAAGCGCGCAAUGAAGGCCAAACAGUCAAUUCAAUCUCCAUGAAAUGUUCUUGUUCAUCUGAGCCAACAGUGGCUCUUAUCGAAUGAAGUGUUUCCUUUGCCUCGUCUGACCUUAUGAAAUUUCUGCAUUCAAAAAGGUUUUCAAAUCGAAUUUGAAAUUAUGAAAAAAGUUGAAAAAGUCCAUUUAAAAGUAGAAACUUUUUGACUUUUACUCAAUUGCCCCCCUACGGAUUAUGAUGGGGGGGAUUCACAUCACAGGACACACAUUUUAUAGUUUUAAAGGGGGGCCUGACCAAAAAAGGCUUGAGAAUCACUGCUUUAACUUAAGUAUAAUUUCUGGGUACUUUUUACACCCCUGAUGAUUUAUUACCUGAUAAGGCAAAGUUAGCAUCACUUUGCGCUGAGAAUGGUACUGUCAAAUUUCUGUGAGCAUGCAGCCUAAUUGUUUUGGCAAGCGCGGGAAAAUAACGCAACUGGUGAGCGGCUGUCAAGACAAGACUGUUUUAAAAAAAUGAUAACUUUGGAACAGUUAUUUGUUCAAUUAUGCCACCUACUGGUAUUAACCAUACUUGUUUUAUAUGUUUAUUUUGUUACAAUAUCCCACAGAACAGAAUGUUGAACUCAACAUGACAUGACAGGGCAAGUCAAUCUAAUCGAAACAGCCACUUAGGUAUUAGACAGAUAUUACAAUAUCAGUCAGAACAUUUUAUUACAUUAUUGGUCAAGUUAUUACAUUAUUGGGUUUUAUUACAUUUUUGAUCAAGUUAAGUGCAAAUUAUAUAUCCUUUUUUAGGUGUUUUUACAUUUUCAGGAAAUGAUUACAUUAUUGGGUGCUACUUUACUGCAGGAUACCGAUGAUAUUGAUAUUAUAACAUCAUUGACAGAAGAAUGUAUUCAAAACUAAUUCACCUCCAUAAUCCUGGAUUAUGGAGGACAGAUUAACCUUUUCUACUCAAAUUAGAUUCUAAGACAAUCAAAAUGCCUUUGUAAGAUAUAAAUAAGUAUAAUGUAGAUUCAUCCUCAAGACUUAAAGGCCGAGGUUGGCAACAUGACAUAUAAAAGUAUUUACAGCAAUCACUUACUUUUCUUUUCUCUGCCAACAUGUUCAGUUUGAGGAAACACUUGCUGCUUUGCUGCGCGACUACAACAUUGCUAAUACAAGAACAAGGACAACAGCCAACCUGUUCUUUAUAUGUGUCAGUCAAGCUUAGCCUAUUUUUGAGUCAUAGAAUUUGACUCAUUUUUAUUUGCAUUUCAUAGUGGGCUUGCAUCCCUUUCCAUCAGGCAACAAUGAAUUAGCUUUACCUCAAAGUAUUGUCACAGUGAGAAUGCACUGUGCUUAUUGCAGAUAGUGCUGCUUUUUAUAGGUAAUCCUUGCAUUAUUGAUUGCAGGAAAAGCUGGCUAAGAAUGUAUUUUCUUCAUUGACAAUCACAGAGGUAAUGUCCACUUUCACUGCUAGCAGAGACUUAAGCUCAUUAUUUAAAGUCACUUGGAGGAUUUAUUUGUGGCUGUAUCCUCAUUAUCCCCGUCUUCAUUUACUCUUUGAUCUUCUCAGCAGUCUGUACAUACAGUAUGUAACAACCGUGUCAUGUGUAUCCCAUUUUAAAAUAUUUGCAAUGGCAAGUGAUUUCAACAGCUGCUAAACUGUGAAUAAAUCUAUUCUUAGUCUGGAUACAUUUGUCUGUUUUGUGUUAACUAAUAUAAUAGCAAAGUGUACAUAAAAAAACAGCAGAAUAAGUAUGAAAAGUAUAUGGAAAAGUGUAAGAGAGCAUGUUAGUCUCUGACCUAAUGCCAACAAAAUAAUCUUCCACAAGGUUAAUGUCUACAAGGAUUCUGUAUCAUCCAGGUUUUAAGAUAUCUAUAAGUACUGAAUCUUGAACUGAAGAAGAUUCUUAGAUCAGUGGCAUAAUGUCUUCAAGAAGAAAACAGCAAUUCCAGUUGCCUUUGACUUAGUUCUUCUAGACAUAAGAUAAAUGUAGAACAGUAUUAUGCUGAUUACACCUACAGCCUCAAAAGGUGUCUCUCUGUAAGGAUUUUCUUUUUCAGACGAGCCUUAUGUCAGCCCUCAUCAUGUUUAGAUACUGCUAUAGACUUAAGUACUUUAGAGAAGAUGCUGAGGAGCCAUGCUGGGUUACCAGGAAAAGCUAAAAUGGGCAUAAAACCGUAACUUCACUGUCUGCACACAGGUUAAGCUAGGGUCAUUUCUGUCAUGUUUUGUUUCUUUUGCUUUUCCUUGAACAUUUGACUAAUCACUUUAAGCUGUGUUCUAGCUUGUUCUUCAACCUGUUCUAUUUUUCACCGCUUGUUUUAAUUUCUCUUUCAGGCUGGGAUGAGUGGGAGCCAUGCAGAUGUGUGGUGCAACACCUUCCCCUAGGCAGCUCAGGGGAAACAUGACAACACCCUUUAACUGUUUGCCUAUGCUGACCUGAGACCAUCCUUCAUCCAGAGAGAGUACCACCCAAAAUGUCCUCCCACAAACACAACUUCCAGUGUUUCAGUGCUGUAGGUGGUGAAGGCUUCCACAAGUCUUCUCUGCCCUUCAAGCAUCACACCAGCCGGCUCCCCAGGAUCCCCCAACAUGGCAUGGUGGCCCAUCAUGAGCCUCUGGAGGAAUGCUACCUUUGCUCUGAGUAUGGACAUGCACAGGCCCUGGAGGUGUUAGAGACUCCGGUGACACCUUUGUAUCACACUCAUACACCAUAUCACCACCAUCAUCCACACCAGUAUGUGCUCAGGGGACCGACCAGGCCUGAGGAGCACCCCGUGGCACAUUCAGGCCACAACAGCCACAUUCAUCAUCACAGAUACAAUAAGAGGGUGGUGCUCGUGAAGAACAGCGACCCGUCAUUCAGGAAGACCAUCGUCUUGCACUGCAGGAGCCUGCGCAGUUUUGGGCUUUUCUUAGAGGAAGUUUCUGAGCUCAUGCAGUACCACAUCAGGAAGUUGUACACUCUGGAGGGCCGCAAGAUUGACAAUGUUCAGAGUCUAAUGCAGUGCCCCAGUGUCCUUGUUUGCAUGGGACGUGAGCCUUCUCACCCUUCCAUCAUGGAGAAUUUUCGGAAAACAUCUGAUGACAAACUUCCAAAGCUGAGUGUGAGGUCACGCGCCAGUCGCUGCAAUGAAGGACAUGAGGGUACGAGAAGCAGGGAAGAAAAUCUUGAGGAGACUAUGGACCGAGCACCAAGCAGUACCUCCAUCAAAUCAGCAAAAUCAAGAAAGUCAAAUGCUUCAGCAGUAUCAAAGAAAUCAAAAGCUUCUGAGAUCCCUGCUGAAGAUGGUGCUAACAUUACUGACGAAAACACUGAAGAAGAGGCGAGAGCAGUGAGCUCGAUGUCUGCCAAAUCAGAGAGGUCGAAUGUAACAUCAAUAUCUACAAAAUCAAAAACAUCUCACAGUCCUCAAAAUGUAAACACUGAAGAGGAUGGUGGCAAUGAAGCUGAAAAGAGAGCACAAAGUGCCAUAUCAAAUAAAUCAUUAGAGUCUACUGGAACAUCAAGUCCUUCAAAAACUCCAAAAAUUUCAGCUGAAGAAAAUGCGGCUGAUUGUGAGGAAACUGAAGAGAGAACAUCAAGUGUCAUGUCACUUGAAUCAUUAAAGUCAGAUCUGUCUCUGAUGUCAAGGAAAUCAAAAGUUUCUGAACAGACAGCUGAAACACAUACUGAAGAGGUAGAUCAAACAGAGAGGACUCCAAGUGUUUUGUCAGUGAAGUCAAAUGUUUCUGCAAGAACAAUGAAGUCCAACGCAUCUGGAAUCACCCCUAGUGAAAGGACUGGACAUGAUGAAGAAACUGAUGCAAUGUCAACUAAAUCAGCAAAAUCACAUAAUUCAACAAAAUCAAACAAAUGUAUAGCUACUGAAUUUCCUACUGUAGAUAGUUUGGACACUCCUUAUGAAGGACAUGCUGAAGAGAAAUCUGAGAGAGCUCCAAGCGCCAUGUCAGCAGAGUCAAAUAUAUCACUGAGCUCAAAGAAGUCAAAAGUAUCUGAUUUUCCUGCUGAUGAAAAUACUCAUGAAAAGGAGGAGAGAACACUUGUGUCAGCAAAAUCCAUUCGAUCUAAAUUGUUAGGUAGAUCUGAAGUUCCUACUGUGACAGUUGAGGAAAGUCAAGACAGAGCACCUACAGCCAUGUCAUCAAAGUCUAAGGUUUCAGCAUGUUCAAAGAAGUCUACAACAUCUGAGGGUAAAGAAAAGAAAAGUGAAGGGCGGCCACAAAGUUCUUUAUCUGUCAAGUCAAAUAUGUCUAUGAAAUCUAGAAAAUCCAAAGUAACUGAUAUUUUAACAGAUCAAUAUAUGGAAAAUAAAGAGGAAUUUAAGAAGUCCACAGCUGUUCCUGCUGAGGAGAAGAAGUGCAGUGUUUCUCCAAUAAAUGCAGGGGAAGUUGCAAAUCCUGAAGACAAGACUAAACCCACAUAUAGUUUGCAUGAGGAUGAGAAACAACAAGAUACAGCUGAUAAGAGGAGUUGUCACUCUAAGACAAGUAAGUCAAGCAGGCAAAACACAAAAAAUGCAACUGCAGAGGUUAUUGCCAAACCAAAGUCUGUUGCAAAUUCUGCUGUGUCAGAAACCUGUCAGAAUGCACAACAACCAAAAAGAAAUAAACGUCAUGUGAUUCAUCACGCAGAGUCAAAUGAAAGUGAUUUGUCACAAACUCUGUCCAGUUCAGAUAUUGUCAAAGAGAUAUGUGAGACUCCGGCAACUGGAGAAUCAAAAUCCAAUCCAUUGGAAACUACAGACAUUGGUAGGAGUGCCACUGAUAACAAAAGUGACAAAAGCAGCAAAUGCAGACACAACACAAAUGCUGGUGACUUUGAGCUGGUCCCAUCUAGCCUACCAAAUGCAUCCCCUACUGAGGUUGUGAAUGAAUGGCUGAAAACAAUACCAGCAGACGGUGAUAUGUAUGAUAUGGAGGAAUUUAAUGAAAACUAUGGACAAAAAACUGGCCACACACCAGAGGAAAUUAAUAGAAAAGAGGAUAAUGAAAACAAUGACAACUCUGCAGCUGAAAAUACAAAAGACACAAAUGAAGGUGUUGGGAUGAACACUGUCCCUAAUAAUGAUUGCCAAACAAGCACAGAGGCACCAAAAGCAGACAACCCCUGUACUCAGAGAGAUGAUGCCUCAAAAAUAUUUAACUCCUCCGUACAGAUGAUGAAAGUACUUUUAAAUCCAAAGCUUGACAGAUGUAACAGUUUACCAGAAAUUUCUCCAGUGUAUGGACGUAAACUAAGCACUUCAGCCAGAGGUCUUCUGGAUUGCCUUGUGAAGUUGCAAUUAAUAGACCAUAAUCCUAAAAAUGCAAACGAAAAGGAUGAAAGAUACCAAGAGCUAAUGAAUAUUCUUCAGUCUCUUUGGCUUUGUGAUCCUCCAGAAAAUGUGUUAAAGAAGGAUGAUCACCAGUCUGCGAAUGAUGAAUUCAAUCAUACAUCAUCCUCUGGUGUGGAUGUCAACAGUGGCUCCACUGGUUCCGGGAAGAGUAGUGAUGGUGUGAAUGGUUAUGCGUCUCAACCACAUACCAGUACAGAUAUGUUAAGGAAAGUACAAGAAGUCAGUGAAGGUGAAGCAGAUGCUCAGUGGACAUGUGAAAGAGAAGUAGAAGGAAUGUAUGAGGACAAACAAAAGGAAGAUGAUCCAGCAACAGAUGACACAAUUAGAAGCAGUGAUAGUCCAAGGGAACUGCCUGAAACACCACCCUCCUCAAACAAGAGUUCAGGAAAUGACAGCAACGGCCAAAAACCUGAAACAGAAUGUCAAGAGGACACCAGUUCUGAGAGUCCUCUCCUUGUUCAAAGAGCACAGUUAGCCAAAAGGAUUUCUAAAGAUCCUGAUCCUGUUUGGGUCUUAACCUUAUUAACUAAAAUAGAAAAGCAGUUCAUGACACAUUAUGUUAAUGCAAUGAGAGAGUUCAAAGUCCGAUGGAACUUGGAUGAUAGUGAGCAGCUUGACAUGAUGAUAAGUGAACUUAAAACUGAGGUCCACAAAAGAAUCCAAACAAGUGUAGACCGAGAACUGAGGAGAAUUCAAGGUCGAGCAGGCCUACCAAGACCUCCUAAAGAAGCGAUGUCCCGUGCUUCAACAACACAAACGGAAGAGAGAAGACAAAGGCUGAAGAUUAUGCUCAAAAAAUCAAUUGAUCCCCAAGCAGAAAAAAGUGAUGAUUCAGCAACAGGCACAUCUUACAGUGACCAGCGUAGUGAAAACAAUGAUGAAUACUGUCCAUGUGAAACAUGCAUUAAGAAAAAAAUGACAUCUAGGCUGCCACUUCCUGCAGAAGUUAUGAAAACUGCACCUGUUGUCAUGGACUUUGACCUAAAGAGGAUUCUAGUGCUGAAGAACAGUGACCCAGGCAAUACACAGGCAAUCAACUAUACAUCUCACUUUGAAAAUGAUACUGAAACAAAAGCAGCAGAAACACUUGUAGAAAAAGUUAUUGUCAAAGCUGUGAGAGAGGUGGAAGGGGAUGAAGUACACCAUGACAUUGAGGAUGAUUUUGCAGUUGCAACAGACGAAAAGGAAGCACAUGAUGUGUGUCAAGAAGAUGGGUCUGAAAACAAUCAAGCAGAAGAAGUAGACAACGUCAAAGAAUUGACAGAACAGGCUGUUGCUGAGGAAACUGUAGAUAAUAAUAAUGAGGAAGAAGAGUCUAUUGUGGCAACCAUAACUAAACACAAACCUGUCAAAGAGGAAUCAAAAAACAGAUGGUUGGUGAUAAAGAAGAAGUUGCUGCCACCAAUGAGGAUGAUUUUGCAGAGGAGAAUGAGGACACAGCAGCUGAUGAAGCCAGAUGAGAACGAUGCCACAGUUGAGGAAUUGUCAAAGGAACCAGCAGAAGAAACAGAAACUGAAGAUGACACUGAUGCAGAAAGAGAGAUUGCUGUCACAAGUGAGGAUGAGUCAAAGGAAGAGACUCCUGAAGCCACCACAGCUGGAGAUGACAAUGCAGCAGGAGAGACUGAUGUGGCAGCCACAACUGAAGAUGAAUCUGACAAAGAUGAGUCUGUGGAAGCAGAGAUGGUUGAAGAAGAGAUUCCUGCCACCGGGGCAGAUAAUUCUGUAGAUGAGAAAGAUGGCACAGCCACACCUGAUGAAUUGUCAAAGGAACUAACUCAGUUAGCAACACCUGAAGAUGAGAUUGCUGUAGACAAAGAGAGUGUUGUCACAAGUGAAGAUGAACUUAAGGUGGAAGCUCCAGAAGCCACCAUAGCUGAAGAUGAAAAUGCAGCAGUAGAGACCACUAUGGCAGCCACUAGUGAAUAUGAAUCUGACAAAGAUGAGGCUGUAGAAGAAGGGACAGAUGAUGAUGAGGAGGAGAUUGCUGCCACAAGUGCAGAUGAGUCUGCAGAUGAGAACAAUGACACAACCACAGCUGAUGAAUCAUCAAAGGAACCAGCUGAAGAAGCAACAACUGAAGGUGAGAUGACUGUAGAAAAAGAGAUUGCUGUCACAAGUGAAGAUGAAUCAAAGGAAGAGACUGCUGAAGCCACCACAGCUGAAGAUGAAAAUACCGCAGAAAAUGUGGCAGACACAACUGAACAUGAAUCUGACAAAGAGGAGGCUGUGGUAGCAGGGGCAAUUGAAGAUGUGGAAGAGACUGCUGCCACCAGUGAUGAUGGAUUUGCAGAGAGUUUAAAUGCCACCACAGAUGAGGCUGUGGAAGAAGUGACAGGCACUGAUGAAGAAAAGCUUGCUUCCACCAGUGCAGAUGAGUCUGCAGAUGAGAACAAUGAUACAACCACAGCUGAUGAAUCAUCAAAAGAACGGGCUGAAGAAGCAGAAACUGAAGAUGAGAUGGCUGUAGAAAAAGAGAUCACAAGUGAAGAUGAAUCAAAGGAAGAGCUUGCUGAAGCCACCAACGCUGAAGAUGAAAAUACGGCAGAAGAGUCUGAUGUAGCAGCCAUAACUGAAGAUGAAUCUGACAAGGGUGUGGCUGUGGAUGCAGGGAUGGUUGAAGAUGGAGAACAGGCUGCUGCCAAGAACAAUAAAGAUGAAACUGCAGGCAAUGAUAAAGCAACUACAGCUGAUGAUGAAAGUGCUGUGGAAAAAGAUAUUGCUUUCACAAAUGAAGAUGAAGCUGAAGGUAGCAGUGCAGCAGAAGAGGCUGAUGUUGGAGCUACAACUGAACAUGAAUCUGACAAAGAUUCAACUGUGGAAGCCACCGGUGCAGAUGUGUCUGAGUCAGAUGAGAAGCAAACAGUUGAAAAAGCAACAGCUGAAGAUGAGAUUGCUGAAGAAAAAGAGAUUGCUGUCACAAGUGAAGAUGAAAUGAAGGAAGAAGCUGGUGAAGCUACUGCGGCUGAAGAGGAAAAUGCAGCAGAAGAUGUGGCAGACACAACUGAACAUGAAUCUGACAAAGAUGAGUCUGCGGAAGCAGGGACAAUUGAAGAUGUGGAAGAAACUGCUACUAGCAGUGAUGAUGAUUCUGCAGAAGGCAUGGAUGCCACAACAAAUGAUGAUGAAACGACAGAGGAGAAUGAUAACACACCCAGAGCUGACAAACUGUCAAAAGAAUCAUCCAAAGCAGCAACAACUGAAGAUGAGGUUGCUAUGGAAAAAGAGGUUGUUAACACAGAUGAAGAUGACACCAAGGAAGAGACUGUUGUGGUAGUCACAGAAAAAGAAAAUUCUGGUGAGGAGGAAAUCAGUAAAGCUGAUGAAUCAAAUGAAGAUGAGAUGGAAGAAACCACAGAUGGAGAAGAACUUGUGGAAAAGCAAGAUAAUGUAGAAGCUGAUCCUGAAUCGGAAAGCUCGAAAGCUGUGACUGAAAAUGAAUCAGAGGAAGAGAGCGAUGAAUCAGCCACAGAUGAAAAUGAGAACACAGAAGAGGAUUCUUCCAUAGUCACAAAUGAUAAUGAAUCAGGAGAAGUGCUUUCAGAAACCAAGCCUGAGAAUGAGAUUGUAGAUGAAAGUGCAGGAGAAGAUGUAAAUGCAGAAGAGGAUAAAGUCGUUACUGAUGAAAAUGAGACCUUAAGUGAGGCAAAACAUGUUGAGGUGGCAUCAGCUGAAGAGCUUACAGAAAGCAGUACCACUGAAGAUUUUGUUAAAGAAGAAAAAGGUGGUGGUGAAGAAGAAGAAAAUACAUCUCACAAUGACGAACUAGUAGAAGGUGAAACAACUGGAGAGGAAUUAGAAAAGGCUGAAAAUGAUGGGGAGGAAUCCGCUGAAAAUGAAAGUGCUACAGAGUCAAGAGCAAUAGAUGAAGAUUGCACAGAGGUUGCUACAACAGAAGAUGAGAUUGAAGAACAUGAAGCAACAGAAGAAGAAUCGGGACAGCCUGAAAUGGUAGGGAAUGAGAUUACUGAAAGGGAAGAAUCCACCGAUAACACAGAAGAUGAAUCUGCAGAAGAUAACAGACAGAAACUUACAGAAGGAGAAGAUGAAGAGGUUGCGGAGAAUGCUGUCAGUGAAUCUGAAACUAAUCCUGACAAAGCCGAACAAACAUGCGAAGAAAGUGACAUGACUGAAGAGCAUCAAGAAGCUGCCGAAGAUGCUUUAACUGAGACAAACGAUGAAACAGAAGGCCCUGAUGAUGUGGUGGAGCUGAAGCCAGAACAGGAUGAGGAUGUGGUGGAAAUCUCAGAAAACAGCGAAGAAAACAGAGAAAACAAACCAUUGGAAGAUGUAGAUGAAGAUAAUGAUGAACAGACAGAAACAAAUGUAACACAAUGUGAAUGUAUUAACAUCCCAAAUGGAAGCCAUGAUAAUGAUGAAGACAAUGUCGAAGUCUCCAAAGAGGAGGAGGAAACUGAGACAGCCAAUGAAGACUGGAGUGGAAACCAGGGAGAUUCAGCUGAUGGAGAAGAUGAGGCAGAGGAAUAUUCAGACGAACCAGAGGAAGAAACUGAUGAUGGAGAGCAAGAUUUUGUUCCAAGCAAGACAGAUAAUCAAGGGGCAGCUAAAAUAGCAGAUCAGAAAACAACAUUAAUCCCACUUGAUAAUUUGAUCAAAAUGGAUGCAGAAUCUGAGGAUGGUGCUUAUGCUGAUGUUGAAGAUUCUGAGACUGAAAUAAACAGCCAAGAAGAAGUUACAAGCCUUGAGUCAAAUACUUUGAAAAGGAAUUCAUCAUAAAUUGACUGUGACUCUGCAAAGGCUUGGGGAAAAUGAUACAGAGUGAGAUGCAGGAGUAAGAUGAGGAGUCUAAAGUAGAAAAUAACAAUGAUAUUCAUGCUACAAGUAAUGAGCAGUCUGAAGUCAUUAUUGUCAUCAUCUUCCAGAGGAGACCUAACAAGAACUGUAAAGUGAAGAAAGCAAAAGGACUUAUCUAACUCGAUUUUAGGUUCUUGUGUCGUGAACACAUGCACAAUAACUACUGAUGAUACAGUUGUAUGAAAAAGGAAUCUUAAAAACUUGAAUACACUAUAUGUAGGAGGUUUGCAUAGUGUCCAUGCAAAGCUAAAUGGGACUUAUUUUCAUGCACUAUGAAUCAUAGAGUAUUUGCUACAUUUUACCUAUCUGCAACUCUGAGCCUCAGACAGAACAUGGUACUAAUGAUAAACUAUGCUUUAUGGUACUUGAUAGGAUCUACAACUGUUAUAUUAACUGGCUUGUUAAUUAGUGACUUAAAAUUGUCAUAUAUGCACAUGUACUGUAGUUUUUCUUCAAAUUACUGCAGUAUAUUUACACCAUUUUUGCUGCUCAACAUUUUGUUGCAGGAUUAAGCAAGUCUCUAAAUGUGUUUCAUCUCAUCAAAAGCAGUAAGUUAAAAUUUAAAAUAAAACAAAGUUAUAUAUUUUUCUAGUUAAUAUUGUAUUUUUCUGGAAAGCCAGAAAAUGCUGAUAACAUUCAUUUUGAAUGUUUAAUUUACUGUUGUGAAGAUACAGUACUGUUCAUGGGAGUUUUUCAGUGCUCAAUCUAAAGAGCAAAACUGGAUGAUGAUUAACAUCAGUGUAAGCAUCUUCACAAUUCCAUCAGGUAACAGUAUUAUAGAUUUAAUUGAUUUCUAUAGCAGAUGAACACUAACAUCUCUGUAAAGUAGCAAAAGUCAUGGCAGAGUUGAUGUAUCAUGACAGGCUCUCCUGUUAUCCUGUAUUUUAGACCAUUCAACAAUGUUUAUCAGUAAGAAAAUACAUUAUUCUCUGUGGUACAGAGGUUAUUACCUUUGCUGAAUGUACUGUACUUAUUGUCGCUGAAAUUAAAUGCACUUUAAAGUCA